AUGACUAUUCUUUUAGUGAAAGAUUAUGGCCAAAUCCACGAUCCUUUAGCCGCAGCCGAAAUCCUCAAAUUCUGCUCCCUUGGCACCCAUCGUGACAUCGAUUACGCCCGCAAGCUCUUCCGUCAGAUGGGGGAACCUAACUGCUUUUCUUGGAACACAAUUAUCAGAGCUCUAACAGAAUCUGAUGAAAGCAGUGAAACAAAUGAGCCGUUGGAAGCAUUGUUUUUAUUUACUGAAAUGGUCGCUGACGGCACCGUUUCACCUAAUCGAUUUACUUUUCCUUCGGUCUUUAAGGCCUGUGCUAGAACUGGGAAGCUUCUAGAAGGGGAACAGGUUCAUGGGCUAGUGGUGAAAUUUGGGUUUGAAAAAGAUGAGUUUGUUGCUAGCAAUCUUGUCAGAAUGUAUGUUAUGUGCGGAGCCAUGGAAGAAGCUCACAUUUUGCUUAACAAAAUGAUGUUUGAAUUCGAAAAUGUUGACAAAUUAGUUAGGGAUAAGAGGAGAAUCGAGGGACAUAUUGUUUUAUGGAAUGUGAUAAUUGAUGGGUAUGUAAGAACUGGGGAUUUAAGGACUGCUAGGGAAUUGUUUGAUAAAAUGUCUCUAAGAAGCGUAAUUUCAUGGAAUGUGAUGAUCUCUGGAUACGCCCAAAAUGGGUAUUUUAAGGAAGCAAUUGAAAUGUUUCGUUUGAUGCAAAUUGGAGAAGUGAGGCCUAAUUAUGUGACUUUGGUGAGUGUUCUUCCUGCCAUUUCAAGACUCGGGGCACUUGAGUUAGGGAAAUGGGUGCAUUUGUAUGCUGAAAAGAAUGAGAUUGAGAUUGAUGAUGUGCUUGGGUCUGCUUUGAUCGAUAUGUAUUCUAAGUGUGGGAGUAUUGAUAAGGCCGUUCAGGUCUUUGAGAGGAUAAGUAAACCAAAUACAAUUACUUGGAGCGCGAUGAUUGGGGGGCUUGCAAUGCAUGGUAGAGCAAAGGGUGCUCUUGAUUAUCUUUCAAGGAUGGAACACGAAGGCGUAACUCCUAGUGAUGUGUAUAUUGGUGUCUUGAGUGCUUGUAGCCAUGCAGGGUUAGUGGAAGAGGGGCGUUUUUUCAAUCACAUGGUUAAUGUGGUCGGCUUUGAACCCAGGCUUGAACAUUAUGGGUGUAUGGUUGAUCUAUUAGGCCGCGCUGGGCUAUUGAAAGAGGCCGAAGAGUUUAUAUUGAACAUGCCAAUAGAACCAGAUGAUGUGAUUUGGAAGGCCUUGUUAGGUGCUUGUAAGAUGCACAGGAACAUUGUGAUGGGUGACCGCGUGGCCGGGAUUUUGAUGGAUAUGGCUCCUCGUGACAGUGGAGCUUAUGUGGCAUUGUCAAAUAUAUAUGCUUCUUCCAGAGAUUGGGAGUCAGUUGCAAGGGUGAGGUUAAAAAUGAAGGAGAUGGAUGUAAGGAAAGACCCUGGAUGCAGUUUUAUUGAGCUUGAUGGAGUUGUCCAUGAGUUUCUUGUGGAAGAUGAUUCCCACCCCAGAGCCAAAGAGAUUCAUUCAAUGUUGGAGGAAAUCGCUGAGCAAAUGAGGUUGGCAGGAUAUAAGCCAGCUACCAGUCCAGUUUUGCUUAACAUUGAUGAGGAAGAAAAAGAGAGCACAUUAUACUAUCAUAGUGAAAGGAUUGCAAUUGCAUUUGGCUUGAUCAGUACAAGUCCUGGAGCCACACUUCGUAUAGUCAAGAACCUCCGUGUAUGUGAAGACUGCCACUCUUCAAUCAAACUAAUUUCAAAGAUUUAUAAACGUAAAAUAAUUGUUAGGGAUCGGAAGCGCUUUCACCAUUUCGAGAAUGGUUCGUGUUCUUGCAUGGACUACUGGUAACAUCUAACCCCCCCUUUUUUGCAAUUUACUUGGUAAAGCAUACCAAUUACUUCUUCGUAUUAGGUAUUUUUUGGCAUUAAUCGAUUGCCUCUUGUAUCUAUGAUGGAACAAAAUUUUUGAACAAGUAUAAAUGAGGUAGUAAAUCCAAUGACAGCAAAAUUAUUGAAGAACAUCUGAGAGGUUACAUGAAUAUGAUGAUUAUUGGAGAAGCAAAACUCUACCAUAGAUUAUGUUCUUCCUUCUUAUCUUACUAACAAGAUUUCCUAUUCUAAGGUUAACAAGUCUAAGCUAUCAGGUGGAUUCAACUUCAACAAUGCUGUCAGACAAAAUAAUGGUUCUCAUAUAUUUUUCAAAGGAAAUCAGUUUGCCAAUCAGCUAACUGGUAAGGUCAUCUAUCAAUUCUGUGACAAAGCUGGUUAUUCAACAAAAACCUGCUUCAGGAUUAAGCCUAAAUAGUCUUUUACUCAACCAUGAGCACAUCAUGCAUCCAGACACUAAACAGAACUAUUCCUAGCUCAACCAUCAUGCAGACUAGGUGACAUUGAGGUAGACACAGGUGCAGGGGAACCCUUAGCUCCAAAUAUACUAAUUCAAUGAACUAAGAUCCUUAAUGGAGAAUUGUGAAGACAGAGCUUGAA